CGGAUUAAUAAUAUUUCGAACAUCUUCCUGUCAUCAUGAUGAUGCGCCCCUAUUUCAAGCUCUCCACUUAAUUGCUAGACCGUGUUGUUGUCAGAGUUGUAUGAACCUGACAUGUCCAUAUUAUCUAUUGAACUGAAUAAUAUUGUCUAUUGAACUGAAUAAUUGUUCGAGCUGCCGGUUACUUGAUUUUAUCCUAUAUCUCAAUUCUAACACGCGCGCUGAUUGGCGGAUUUCAUGAGAAAAGCUAUGGUUUAUUUCACCGGUAAACCAGCCUGCUGUAGUGAAAGACUCUUGAGUAUAAAUGGCGGACGCCAGCUAGAACAUAAAAGCCAUAAACAAUAGCUUGAAGCGAUUUACUGGUGAAAUGAUGCGUGAAAAGAAAAAAUGAAAGGAAAUACAACUGUGCCUUGAUGAAUAUUUUGCACAUACUAAUUAAUUCCCAGGCGCCUAUACCACGGUGUCCGAUUGGCUAUCAGUAACGGGCCUGGCUACAUAGCAUCAUCCACAUGGCUCACAUAGAGCGAGGUGUCAUGUAUGCAGUGUGUGCGUACAAGAAAUGAAAAAUUCGACAAAAAUAAGGUGAUUGACUGAGUUGUUAUGGAUACAAGUACCUUACCUAAGGGCUGGGUGGUCCGUGAGUCCAAGUCAAGAAUAGGGCGUUCCUACUUCUUCAAUACAUCAACAGGACAAUCCAGUUGGAAGCAUCCAUCACUGAUAUCAAAUAAAACUGACAAUACAAGUAUAAGCCCAAAGAAAAAAAGAAGAAGCAAUGGCAGUGUUGAUUCUGGAACAUCUGAAGAUGUCCAGUCCAAGCAGUCAAAUAUCCUUCUCAGUCCAGUUUCACCAACAGCAUCAUUUGUUUCAAUUACAAACCARAGCAAAAAGUCUGCUAUAGUAGCCAACCAACUUAAAAAAGAUUAUAGUGACAGUGUUGACAAAAGUGAAUUGUCCCCUAAACAAAGACGAAAGGAUGGGUCUCCAACAGAACAUCRGUUUCAGUGCAGUCGAGCUCGAGCCAAUCAUAUUGCACAUUGGGUGUCAACUGUUAACAAUGGCAAUGAUUUAGUUAACGAAAGUCUUAUUGGCUCUGAAUGGAAGCAGAAUGUUCAUACAAAAAAAAUUAAGAAGAAAAAGAAGAACAGAAAGAUGCCAAUUUUUCAUGAAAGUUCUUCAACAGAAACAGAUGGCACAAAGAGACAAGUGUUGGCUCAAAACAUUAGUUCAAAAAUCUCUCCAACAAGUAUUCCUGCUAGCAAAUUACCAGAASUAAAGUCAGAAGAAACCAAGUCUUUGAGGCCGCCUUUGAAGAAAGUUAACCACAAAAACAAAAGUGCWAACACAACACCUCUUUCUCCUUCAAAACCUAUGUCUUCAUUUACCUCAUUGUUUACCCCAUUCUCACAGUUUACUCAGCAACAGGACAAGAGRAAYGACUCUCAAACAACACCUAUGAAUAUUGAUAGAAGUAAUCAUAGAUUUUCAACACCAUUUAUGAAAUCACCUCCACCUACUGGACCUCAAGACCUGUUAAGUAGUCCUAUCAACAUGAACAUACCAAGUACUGAGACUCCAAACCUUUUUACAAACAUGUCAAAAGAACAAGAGUUUGAAAACUUACAGAAAAUAGAGACCAGCAGUGAUAUCCAGAGCAUGAAUGAACAGCGAGACAGUGGUUUUGAUGAAAUUAUAGACAUGGAUAUUGAUAAUUUUGAAGAAAUGACCCAACUCAUUAAAACUGAGCUUCAAGAAGUCAGGUCAGACUUUCAACUUGACAUCCAAAAGGUGAAAGAAAGGUAUUUGGGUGAAUCUAGUCUUAAUGAAGAUGGAGUACACGUCAUUUUAGACACCAAUGUGCUGCUAUCACAUCUUAAGUUUAUUAAUGAGUUAAAGGAUUUACCAAUUGAAGGUGUUGGUAGGCCAGUUCUUGUUGUCCCCUGGAUUGUAAUGCAAGAAUUAGACUCUCUGAAGAGUGAUUCUCGAAGGCCAAGGCAAAACAAUGAGGAUGGUGCUGUUGGUGUUGAUACUCUGGCAAGGCAAGCCAUAAGAUUUUUACAUUCYUGUUUUGAAUCAAAACAUCCAAGGAUACGAGGCCAAACUGUAGAUGAGGCCAGUGAACAACUGAAUUCCAUGCUWGAAGAAACAAAUGAUGACAGAAUAUUACAUUGCUGUCUUGUGGUUAAACGCCACCUUGCUAAUGGUGAGGCAGUUCUUCUUUCAAAUGAUCAAAAUCUCUGCAACAAAGCAAUGAUUAAUGGAGUCAGAGCAUUUAACAAUCAGAAUCUAGUGAAUGGGUUAAAGGAGCUUCUUCAAACAUCAAGUUCUGUGGUUUUACAGACAGACAAUUUUUCAGAGUAUUAUGAGCAGCUCGCAAUUCAGGAGAGGCUUGCGAAAACAAGAGCAAAGGCUGAUGACAUUUUAUGUGAGCUCAAGUGUAUUAUGAGAGAAGGUCUUGCAGUUGCAGUUGAAUCGGAAAUGAGAGCUGCCUAUGAAGACUUGUGGGAAACAAUAGUAUGUAUCAAACCACCAUGGACAGUGGUAGAUCUAUUACAAAUACUGAAUAAACACUGGAUAGCCGUUUUUGGCGAUGUGGUGGGAAGAAACCUUCAUUCUACAUUGAAAGAGCUGUUGAAGCUUUUAAAUCCAGAAAAAGGUGUUCCUGGUUGUAUUGCAAAUGUUACURCAAUAUUGAAGCAAGCCAGACUACUAUUUGAUGCAUUUGCGCUUAGGGCAAGCUAUAAUGGAGCAAUGACAAAAUGUGUGGCUGCAAUUCAAGUACUAGAGCAAAAGUGCAAAGAAUGUGAGAGUGAGCAUCUACCAAGACUUGUUAUACCUGGUAGUAGCAGGCCAGGUAUAAUAUCUGGAGCUUUACCAGGACCAAUUACACCUACUUCUAUAAAUGCUGAAGAGAUCUCGCCACCAAGUUCUGAUGACACUGCUAGUGUAUCAUCUGUCAGUGUACAUGGUGAAAUUAAUUCAGCAGUAUCCAGGCAUCCACACAGUCAGAUUUUAUCAACUUUUGAAGUCAUAUGGAGUGCAGUUACUCAGUUCAGUGCACAGAUAUUCAAUACGUUAUCAUAUCCAAAUCCCAUUCCUGCAAGUUUCAUUGAGAACCUACCCAGGCCAACAAGAGAUGAGGCAAUUUCUUUCCUUGGUGUUCUUUGUCGAUCACUUGAUGUCUUGAUCACUGCUCUACAGAAUGUUCUUAGAAUUCCAGUCGAGGGGCUAAAUGAAGAUCAAGAGUCUGUAGGAAAACUUKCUCUUGCUAUCCAGUCAUUUAUGAAAGAUAUUAUUGAUCAAAACAGUAAGAUGUCAGUUGAAGCUUUGUUGUUCUUUUGCCAAGACUCAAACACAAGAUCUGCCCUGAUACAAGGAGUUUCGCAGCUUGAUAGAGCCUUUGCAAUGUUGCAGCAUUGUGCAUCAUGUGUUGUUAUAUGAUACAUCUACUUCAGAAAUAUUUGAGUACGAAAGGGAUGCAUUUUAGUACUGAAAUUGUUAAUGACACAUCAUUUUUACUGUUUCAAAGUGACUAUGCCGGCUCUGUACCUUCAAUGUAAAACAUGAUUU